AUGCUGUUCACGACCGCUACGCUCGCUGGCUUUGCCGCGUUGGCUCCGUCGGCGUUCGCGUUAGACAACGGUGUUGGCCGACUUCCAAGUAAUUGCGUCAUGAUUGUAGCUUGGAAUGCCUUCGUUUGCAACAUUGAUGAUACCAUCAUCCUGGAGACUGCAAGCCUCAUGCAGUCUCUCGGAUUGCAAGACGCCGGCUACACGCAGAUGAACCUCGACGACUGCUGGGGAGAGAAGAAUCGGAGUGCUGACGGCGUACUACAAGCGAACGCGGAGCGCUUCCCAAGCGGGUUCAUCAACCUCACCUCCCAGUUACACGAUAUGGGCUUUAAAGCAGGUAUCUACUCUGACUCGGGCUGGCGAACGUGCCAGGACUACCCUGGCAGCUACAGCAAUGAACUCCUCGACGCAGAAACGUUCCAGGACUGGGGCUUCGACUAUCUGAAAUACGACAACUGCUACAUACCCUUCGAUGACAUCAUUCGUGAGGGCACACUCGGCAGGUUCCAGCGCAUGGCAGAUGCUAUUGCCAAUCUCAGCUCCACGUCCGGACAGCCGCCGCUCAUCUAUUCGCUCUGUGAAUGGGGCUGGAGUCAAGUCUGGCUCUGGGGCGCUUCGAUGGCGAACAGUUGGCGCGUUGACAAUGACAUCGCAGCAAACUGGGACUCAAUCGCGGCGAUUAUCAACCUGGCAUCGUUCAUCCCGCAGGCGACGAAUUUCUACGGGCGCAAUGACAUGGACAUUCUCGAGGUCGGGAACGGCGACCUAACCUAUGAAGAGAACAAGUCGCACUUCACUGCGUGGGCACUCUUCAAGUCGCCUCUGCUCAUCGGGACUAACUUAUCCGCAGUGUCCUCCGAAAUUGUCGACGUCCUCUCCAACCCGGAAAUUCUCGCGAUCAACCAGGAUCCCGUUGUCGGCACGAGCAUCUCGCCGUUCCGAUGGGGUUUAAACCCGGACUGGACGAGUAACAGUUCCUUCCCCGCGCAAUAUUGGAGCGGCCCCAGUCAAAAUGGACCGUGUUCAUGUUGGUCACUUAACACAUUGAGCGAGCCGGCAGACAUGUUCUUCAAUCUUACGGAGUCGCCCUGGAUCCGCGCGGGCCGGAGUUACUCCGUCCGGGACCUCUGGACCCACAGUGACAACGGCACAGCCAUCCGCAACUUCACCGCUGAGGUUGUCCCGGCGCACGGUGUAGUCGCGCUGCUUCUCCAGGACGCAGGCGACGAACCUGAUGGGAUCGACCCGCUCUGUGCGGUGUACUGCCAGUGCGGAACGGAGAAUGGUUCAUAUGUGUAUGGGGGCUGUACGACGGAGUACUAG